GAUGGCAGCGACCAGUAAAACGCAAAUUCACUGAAUUACAACAUACAUUUUCACAGAUUUUUCAUUCUCCAACAGCCACAAUGGGCGAUCGGACCGAAAUUUUAGGCUUUAAACCUCAAAGAGAAACUAGUUAUGGCAAAUUCCUUCCUUAUGCGCAUCUGGUAGACGCAGAAUCGAACGUUCAACUGGCCGACAUCAAGGCUCAUCUUGCCAAAACAGUUCAGCUCAGGGACUUGAAAAUAGGGGCAACCCAUUGGACUGGACAGUUACAGAAAUAUAUUCGACUUUAUGGAAGAAAGUUCUCAAAAGAAGACCACGUUCUGUUCAUCAAACUUCUAUUUGAAGUUCUUGUUCAACCAGAUCAAGAGUUGUCAUUGGUUCACAAGUUUUCAAAUCUACUUGUCACCCUCUUAAAAAAAACAGAACUUUUGACGAGAGAUGACCUUGUAUUGCCAUGGAGACCACUGUAUGAACUCCUUGAGGCAACAGUAUAUUCACCAUAUGAACCUCAUGGGCUACAGCUUCUGCCAGUAAAUAUAGAUAGUUCCUUGAAGAGCCUUGUUCGAGUAUGUCGACCAUACUUCAGUGUGGAGUCCACCCAGGAGAUGUUAGAUGAGUGGCGUCCUCUUUUAUGUCCAUUUGACGUGACCAUGCUUAAGGCUGUUUUAUACUUUGAGUUGUUUCUACCAACACUACUACCCCCUGAGCACCACGAUAGAGGAUUCAAGUUAUGGUUAGAUGAAUUUCUUGGCAUCUGGGACACAUGUCACAAUACUCCACAGUGGGAAGGGCAUUUGCUCUGUCUCUUUGCCAGAGUUGCAGACAACAACAAAGGAUACAUUGAUUGGGAACCAUGGAUACCAAAGGUUUUUACGCGUAUUUUAAGAAACCUGAAUCUUCCAGUCGGUGCACACAAGAUGCAGGUGACCAGGCCUAGCAGCACCUUUGAUGUUGGAACAAUAUCUUACUGGAUCUCUGUCAUGUUGGGAGGUGGAGGUGUCAUCAUGGAUCAUCUGACAAUGUUUUUCAAGGCAACUGAGAACUUCUAUCACCCUUCAAACUUUGGAAAGUGGACAACCCGUUUACCAAAGUUUGUUGGUAGAAUGACAGCAUCUGUUAUGAAAAGAAUUCACACUGAGAGGUAUAAACCAACCUGGAACACUGCUACACCUGAUAACCGGAAGUUGACGGAUGAUGACAUCACAGCAUUCGUCAAGUGCACCAAGGAUGUGGUGCUCCUAUCUAUGUUCAGUAAGAUCGGCAGUCAUGAUGCUGCCUUGGCAUACCAGCAUCUGGCUGCUAUGAGGCCGGAGAUCAUGAUACCUCCAUUGUUGGAAAGGGUGUACCCAGCCAUGGAGACGCUGAUUGAACCUCACCGCCUCAUAUCAUGUAUGAACUGUGUAGUUGCCUCGUCAAGACCUUUACUGAACAAGACCGAAUACUUCUCUGAGGGGCGGUCGCAUGUGAUUCCACUUCUGUGUCUCAGUCUGCCAGGGAUUGACACGAACGAUGUCAAGAAGUGCUUGACGACUUUCCAACUGAUCUCAACCUUUGUGUCAUUGGUGACGAUUGCCGAUUGCUCAAAUGCGAUUCACAUCAGGAGUGACUUGACAGACGACGAGCGUGAGCUCUGCUCUGCAACAGCGCAGUGGGAGGACUUUGUUCUACAAUUCAUUGAUAGGGUGAUUACACUGAUCAACAACUACGCGCAGGACAAUCAUACCCACGCUGCACAUGCCUCUCAGACUGAACAGAGUCUGACACCAGAAGAACAUAUCAUUGAGAUAGGACUCCUGUCGACAUUCAACUCUAUGUUACAGCAAUGUUCAACACCAAUUUAUAAAUCAGCGCUUAAGAAAUUAUUCACGUUUGUUACAACCAGUAUUUACGAGAUCCGGGUCGCAGGAAGAUUUGCCGGCGACUUGGUGAGAGCGGCAUGUAAGGCAAACCCUGAGUUGUGUCUCAAAAAGUUCCUACCUCACUUCUGCAGAGUCAUUUCUGCACACAUCACGGCGGAGGAAAUUGCCAAAGAUGAAAAAGUGGACGCUGAGUUGCUAUGGAACCUGACCUUGCUUUCUGAGGUUAUCCGUUGUGAUGGCUCCUACCUUCUACCCUACAAGGAUCAGCUCCUUGAGGUGCUAGAGUUCGCCCUGAGUCUACAGGCAAAGGAAGGCUAUACUGCCGCAGCUGGUAUGCUUGAACAUAUGUUAAAGGUCCUCACGCAGAUUUAUGUGACAGAGUACAGGAGCGUGAUAGGUGGAUGGGAGAGACCCCUGGAGGAAAAUCUGCCAAUUAGGGAUUGGGGAAAGGCAGGAAACUUCAAUGAAUUAAAUGUACAGUGGCACAUUCCCUCUGCUGAAGAGAAGGCUUUGGCUACUGAAUUACUGCGCAGAUACCUACUGCCCGAGCUGGAGAAACUCAAGAAAUUCACCGGAGGAGAAGCUAUGGCCAGGGAAGAAGUAUUGCGGAGCCUCACUAAGAUUGACCAUUGCAUCCUUGGAGCAGCUGCUGCCUUACCAUGGUGGAAGGGUGAACCUGUCUCAUUAGUUGUGAGCCAGAUUCCAUUGAAAAGACACAAGCAGACUGCUGCGUUAGAUGAUGGCAUUGAUUUGGAUGGGGAGAAUGUCCGUGAGAUGAUCGCCAAUGUUCUAAGGACAGUUGUUGAUUACAUGCUGAACACAUGUGAAGACGACACGAAGAGUUUGACUAAGCUGAUCAAAGUCUAUCAUGGUCUGUUGUUCUAUACUGGUGUCAGGAAGGAUGACCUUGAUGGACGAUGGAAGAGUUUCAAGGUCGUCAAGAAAGCUAUGGAAAACCUGCUUCUUGGUAAAAAGUACCAUAUCCGGGCACUGAUGAUUGACCGGGUCCAGCUGCAGCACGAGUUGCGGGUCCUCAAUAGAUAUGAGAAGGUCUUCACACAGCUUCACAAGAACAUGUUUGAGGACCUCUUCAAGUUGUCGAUCAGCCGUUACAGUGAAGUGAGGAAGAAAGCCCAAGCCGCCCUUUCCUCAGGGUUCUUCCUGCUUGCCUAUUCCUACAAGUCACUGUUACCCGAGAUAGUGAAGUACCUUAGGAAUGAUCCAGAAGUUGAACAUCACCAGUUCAAGGGCGCCCUUUUUGUGAUUCUCGGCACCAGCAAGCGUUGCCUUGCUGCCAAGCGCAACUGGGAUGUGCUGGAGCUCCUAUGGCCUGCCUUGGUCCAGGCCCAGCAUUCAGAGAAACCCUCCAUUCUCCGACUGAUUGAUAGUAUAGCAGACAAGAUCCAUAAAGAUGUAGAAUCUCCUGCGAUCUCAGUCAAGGUAUCAGAGAGUUGUAUUGAAGCAUCAAAAGCCUUCUGGUAUGACGAUGCUGCACCUGUGCUAUCAAUCAGUUCAGCUACUGAGGAUGAAAUGGAUGCUGCCAAACAGGAGGAAAUCACAAGAAGGGAUAAGGCAUUGGCAACCUACAACAAUCUGUGUAAAACUCUGGUCGGUCUAGUGGAUAAUGGCAACUUACUAUGGAAGUUCUGCCACAUGAACAUCGAGCUACUGACUUUGAUGCUGCGUCAUGAUGUAGAGGUUCCCCUGGAGAUGGUGACCAUGUUUACAAAGAAUAUCAUCAAUGAGACUCUAAAUGUUAGGAAGAUUUGUAUUGGUGCUACCGUUGGUAUCUUGAAGUCUCAAAAGAGGGCGGCCAAGCGCGUGAUGGUUGACCCGUACGAGGUAGGCAAGGUUGCUGCACCAACUGAGACGCGUCCCGGUGAUCGCCCCGACAGUACGUGGCAUCACUACCGAGAGGAUUUUCCCCUGACUAACGAGUCUUGGGAAACAACUGUGUUCGUUGAGAAGACACAUUACGGGUACUGGACAUGGCCAAAGAAGCUAUGUGUUUAUGCGCCUCCCAGCCAGCAGCCUCCUCUUGAUCGCAGUAGAGAGCAGCUGGCCGAAGGGGAGAGGGUCAUCUUUGACUCGUUCUCUGAUGCAGCUUUUGUGGAGAAGUUGAUUGGAUUCAUGUCCAUGGAGGAGCAGAAGGGAAAGGAUAAAUUCUCAAGCAAGAACUACAUGCUCUUCAAGGGCUUGUUCCGAAACUUUGGUGAUACUUUCUUGCCAAUCUUGAAGCCUCAUAUAGAGAAACUCGCCAACGAUACAAAACAUGACACGCAUGACAGUAGUCACAGAUGCGCUGCUGAAAUCAUCGCCGGGCUCAUUCGAGGGUGUAAACAUUGGCCUCUCCACAAGGUUGAGGCAAUGUGGUCAUGGUUGGUGCCUAUCAUCAAACAAGUGCUCAAUAAGAUGACAGUGGAGAGUAUAGCUGAGUGGGGGACGUGCUUCGCAACUGCCUCAGAAAGUCGAGACCCACGCAAACUGAAGCCAAUGUUUGACUUGUUAAUGGAGACACCUCUCAACAGCGAGGGUGGAUCGUUCAACAAUGCCAGUCGUCUGUAUGUUCUCCAAGGUGCUCUAGCUCAACAGGAAUGGAGGGUGCCGCAGUUGCUGUUCAAGUUGUUAGAUUACCUAUUGCCGUUCUUGACGCACUCGUACAAGAAUGUCAGGGACAGGUUAGGCAGUGUCCUAACAAAUGUCUUCAUCUGUGAUUACAUGGUUCCGUUCGGUUGUCCAACGACCUCGCCCCAGCGGCCUCCAUUCAUUGAAAAAUUGUUACCACUACUGGAAAUAUUAGUUGAUACCACACCAAAUGGAGAGAAGUCUGAUGGAGAGGGAGCUUCAACGCCAGAUGGCGCAAGUGGCAGUGUGAGCCCAGCGAGUCCAAUGAAGACGGACUCACCACUGCAGGAGACAUCAACUCGUAUGGAAGUCGACGAUGAAAAUGGUGAAGACAGUGAGAGGAAAACAAGCAUUAGACUAGCUAAAACAGUGAUGAAAUGGUUAAAUAAUAGCUAUGGACGGAUGUUGUACUCCUCGCCACCUGAAAUCUUCCAGUUUCUGCCCUUGUUAUGUCAGGUAGAGAGUGACUCAACAGACGAUGAGUUGAGACAUGAUGCCCUCUUCUCGCUGGGCUGUAUGGCCCAGGCCUUGGUCAAACCAGAGAAUAUACCAGCUCUUCUGGAAGCAAUAACAAAGAUCUCCAACAUGGCGUCCUGGCAUGCUCGAGCCAAUGUCCUAAGUUUCCUACAGGUGCAUGUGUUCUGCAACUUCUUCGUCCUACAAGAUCCUAAGCUGAAGGUGAAGAUCCAGGACAUUGUGGUGCAUCUUCUGUGCGAUGACCAGCUCGAGGUCCGGGAGAAUGCUGCCAUCACACUUGGUGGCUUGCUGCAUUGUGGAUACCUGGAGAUGAAUGCUACAUUAAUGAGUCACUUUGAGAAACUCAGUGGAACGAAAUUGAAGAAGAAGAAGAGGAAGUUUACCGAACCAUUAACCUUGGAGCUGUUGAUUAAGAGGCAUGCUGGAGUCCUCGGCCUGAGUGCCUGCGUCCAGGCCUAUCCUUACGACGUACCGGAGUUCAUCCCUCAGAUCCUGAUGGACCUCAGUGAUCAUUUAGACGAUCCACAACCCAUUCAGGGGACUGUGAAAAAGACUUUGUCAAACUUCCGCCGAACACACCACGACAAUUGGCAAGAUCACAAACAGAAGUUCACAGAUGAUCAGCUUGUUGUCCUAACCGAUGUCUUGGUCUCACCUAAUUAUUAUGCCUAACGAGGUCCCUGUGGCUAUUAACGAGGUCAUACUUGGGGCUUGUAGCCCUGUCAAGAUUGUCCACCCAUGCCACUAUUACAAUAACUGAGAGAAAUCAAAACCACAUAUGGUACGACCGUGCCUAACUUUCCCGGUUUAUUGGGAGGGGGGGGGGGGGGUAUGAAACUGUAUACAUGUAGAUUUGCAAGAGAGAAUAAACUACCUGUAAUUUAUUUAUUCAUUGAAAGUGAUUUUAUUAAUUCUGGAUAACAUUGUUGUUUAAAAAAAUAUUUCUCAUGUCAAAGUUCAGUCCCAGAACUAUCAAUUAUGCGUGUACACUAGAAGGAAUGAUGAAAACAAAUCUGAUUGAUGCGAUUGACUUGGACAAAGGAUAUUUCCUGUUGCUGCGAUUGUCACUGUUGUUGCCCGUGUGCACCACACUCAAAGGGACUGUAUGCAGGAGCUGUUGAAUCUUAUUUGUGGUCUCUAUAUGACGAAUACAUGUAUGCUCAGUUUAGGAACUGGGUCUAGUUUACAUGUAACAUUCAUUUGGUUCAUGUCUAUAGUCUCCCUUAAGUGGCUGUCAUUCGUGAUAAUUGAGAAUUGUGAUCCAGAACAUAUGUAUGUGUUCCUUAUUACUGUGGUCCACAUCGUUCCAGCAUCUUUAUUCAUUAGAAUCAUUUCUUUUCUCUAGAUGCAGUACAAUAGAAGAAUAUCGGCUUACAACAAAGACUUCUCGAUCCUUGAUUAAAUUGUAACUUAUUUAGAAUUGGUGGUUUUCAACCAACCCGGGGUAUAGCAAAUGAUAGUGCCAUCCCUUGGGCCUGCACCUUCUUGGUGCAUGUAUAGUGGUCACUUUGUAGUUAAUUGGCUGAAGUUGCCUGUUACAUGUAUAUUUGGUGGGUUGCUAACUUGAAUCAUCUGGUGAGGGCUCUGCCAUGAUAGGGAAGAUAUUCCUUUAUGUCACUGUAUUGGAAAUAAUACUAGAACUUGUCCGCUUGUUGGAUUGUUUAUCUUGGUAUUCCGUUUGUCCUGGUUUUAUUUCCUCCCGAAUCCUGAAUGUCACCCUGUUAAAUUAGCAAUUGUUUGAGUGUUCAGUUUUGUGAUCGGCUCCCAGACUUCCCUGUGUUGAAGAUUAGAAUAUUUGUGCAUAAUUAAAUUGUCACAAUCAGCCCAUCGUAUUGGAGAAGAUCGUUACAUUGUGUGGCUCCAUAAACGAGAUGUCAUUCACAAUCUCCAUCAAUAUUGCUCGCGUAGCUUCCAGUAGGAAUAAAUUUUCUACUUAAAUCCACUUCUGUAGUGAACAACAGUUCAGUUUUAAACUUAAAAAGAUUUUGCAGCUUGUUGAUAUGCGUACAUUGGGGGUGAUUGAGUGCCAUUACAGUCUCAUCAAAAUGGCAAGCCUCAACCAAUGCAAUUAGAUUCUUGAAAUUUUCAUCAAAAAAUGUUUAAUAAUGGCUCUAAGAUAGAAAAACAACAUGAAGUACAACAUCAAGGAAGCAUUAGGGGUGAAGCUGGGACUAGUUUUCUGACCAAAAUGAUGGUUGAAUAUUGUCUUCAUGUAGUUUUCAAUCUUUCUUGUUGAUAAUUGUAUAAAACAUCCUUUUUGUACAAAUAUAUAUAAACGGCUUCUUAUAAUGUACAUGUAUAUCUGCAAUGGUUUUGGAGGUUUUAUUUGUGUAUUUAUGUACGUAAGUAUAUACUGAUGGUUAUGUACAUGAAUGUUAUUUUCGAUGUGUGCUGUAGAAAGAGAAUCUAAGAAACAUCCGAGCAUUGUGAAAAGAAAGUUGAAGAAGUAAUACAAAAGACAGAAAUACCAA